UUCCAUCGCUGCUCGGUGGUUCGGAGUCGUAGCUCGGUGCGCGUAGAUUUAUCCCUCUCGCGUCGUGUUUCGCUUGUAUUGAGGCGCCAUGAAGUUUCUGUACAAGGAGGAGCACCCGUUCGAGAAGAGGCGGUCCGAGGGUGACAAGAUUCGCAGGAAGUAUCCUGACCGAGUCCCCGUGAUAGUGGAGAAAGCUCCUAAGGCACGCAUUGGCGACCUGGACAAGAAAAAGUACCUGGUUCCCUCGGACCUGACGGUGGGACAGUUCUACUUCCUGAUCCGCAAGCGGAUCCACCUGCGGCCAGAGGAUGCGCUCUUCUUCAUUGUCAACAAUGUCAUUCCCCCCACCAGCGCCACCAUGGGCUCCCUUUACCAGGAACACCAUGAGGAGGACUUCUUCCUAUACAUAGCCUACAGUGAUGAAGAUGUCUAUGGUGUCUGAGACCCCGAGAGCGGCUUUAUUUUUUAACAAAAUUCUUUUAUAUGUAAUAAAAUAAAGAACGGCAGGAAGGAAGAUGAAGAUGGAUGCCAAGAACCUAAGUCACAGCGGUUUUUGUGCACGGAGAUUGUUUUGGCGUAUGCACUUUAUGUAUUUUGUCUUGUUGAGCUGCAGCCUUUCUUUUUUAGAAGCUUUCCUCAUUUCUGUUUCCCCUGUUUUGUCAGCAAAGAAAUGAAAGAAAAUCUAGACCCUGUUGUCACCCAGUGAAGGACAGGUUUCCUCCCAGCUUCUCACCAGUGAAGAAAAUAAAUCUAGACCUUGUUGUCAACCAGUGAAGGACAAGUUUCCUCCCACCUUUUUGCUAUUGAAGAGUAAAUCUACACCCUGUUGUUACCCAGUUAAGGACAGUGGAGCAAUCUCUUUGUUUGCCAUUUGUUUGCCAAAGCGUCCCAAUGCAGUACCUUUUUUUUCUUCUUGUCUUACAUUUGAGGUUUCUGCUUUUGUAUUCUCUGUUGCACUUGCUGUCUGCGCUCUGUAUGGCAAGGAAAAUAUGCGAACACCAGAGAAUGAAGUUAUUUAUUUUGCUGGAUUGUGACCCGAUGCUUUUCAUUUCCUCUCUUUAUUUCGCACUGUAAAUUCUGUAUUAUAUACUCAAAAUAAAGUCAUAAAAACCUCA